UGAAGAGGACAGGAAAUGCCUCCUUUAACUGAAAAACUAGAACCAAGGGACAACGAGAGUCUUGAAGGUCACAAGACAAGUUCAACUACCACCAUGAGUUCAGAACACGAAAUUGCCAUCUCCGAGACAGUCAUGAACGGGCUUCCCGCAAACCGGCAGCAGCUUGAUCCAGCAGUGGAGAGUUCGCUCCCUGUGCUGGCCGUCUCCACCAUCAGAGUUCACCCCACGCCAAGGCUGAAUAGCUAUCCCGACACUAUGCUGGUGACAGAAGCUGACCCGUCGAAAGUCAGUGUGGGAAAAGGAUCGGUAACGUUGCGGACUACUUCAGGCUAUGUGGAACCUCUGGAGACUGACACGUCACCAAACCUGGAUCCCCAGCAAAUGCCCAGUAAAGACAGUGCUGAGUUGCCCAGUUCAGAGACAGAUGGUUGGAUGCCACCUUCGACUGGCGAGACUAAUGGAGAAGCCACCCCCUCGUCACUGGCAGCCAAAGGAUUCCGCAGCGUACGACCGAACCUGCCGAGCGACCACAAGGCACAGCCUCAGCCGCCUCCCGUGCCCCUACCCCCGAGGGAGGAGAGCUUCGCCUGGUGCCCCUCCAACAAAGUUAAGCUGUCGUACUUUGCUCCGGUCCCUAUUCUGGAUUACGUGCACAUUAGACCAGAGCCCAGCAGGGGUACUAAGGAGCCUGUAUCCCUGUGCCCCAGCACCACCUUAAAGUCCAGCUUGACUGGUGAAGUGCCGCUGUCCACUCGGACUGUUCCUCGUGACAAAGCCCCAGCACAGCGCUGGGUACCUGCACCAGAUGCCAACCCAGAGGCUGCCGGCUGGCUUGGUAUCCCAGCCGUUGGGCCCAGCCCAGAGAGAAAGGUCAGCAAUCUCUACAUUGCAUUGACCAGAAGGACUCUUCCCCCUGCAUCCGGUGGGUCUGCCUGCCGCCUCUCCCAGGAUGUGGCUGUUCCAGCCCCGACCGUCCCAUUGCCUGUGAGCAGCACUGCCAGCUUUGCCCCACCCGUUCCCCAGGGACCCAUGCUUCAGGUUUCCUCGCCCUGGGCUGGGCACAGCAGUGCGAAGCCCGACCUCCCGCAGGUAGACCCACCUCCAGAGCCACUCGGCAGAAGUUCAGCGCUGGAUCGGGAGAGGACGCCUGUGAUUGGCCUGAAACCAGCUGAGGUUCUUUCCACCGCUCGAGGGAGUCCCCCUCAAUGGGCAGACAGAGGCAGUGGGGACCUCUCUGCUGCCUUAGCCCAGUGUGAAGUGAACUCCUGGUCAAGCAGAGCUCCUGCUGGUGCAGCUUGUGAAAGAGAGGAGAGCCCGUGCACGCCUCUGCCGCCCCUGGUAUCAGCCGAGCAAGCCUCAUCAUCCUCGCCACCUCACCUGACCCUGCCGACACUCGACGACUUCAUCCCCCCUCACCUGCAGAAAGGGGUCUCCCACUCUCCGUGCUCCUCCACCUCCACUUCCCCCAUUAAUCCACCAGUGCCCUCACUGCCACUGCCUGCCACCAACCUGCACAGUGCCACGGACUCCGAGCUUAGCGAAUUUCCCCCACCUACAGAUGUACAGCCCAGAGUAAGUGAAGGAGUGUCGUCCAUCGAGAGUGUGGGAGUACAUCCAAUCAUCUCCUCAUCCAGCAGGCUGUCAGCCUACCCAUCCACCACCUCUGUGAAUCCAACUAUAGUCCUGCUCCAGCACAAUCGAGAACAACAGAAGCGACUGAACAGCCAGUCAGACUCUGUGCCAGACAGAUUAAUUGAUCAGAACGCAGCCAUUCCAGCUGCAGAAGGAGCCCAUACCGCUGUCAGCACAGGAGGGGUGAUGGACAGCAGGCGCCAGAAGACUCCCCGGAUCCCCCACUCAUCCUUCAUCGCACCUGAGGAUCUCGGAAUCAAGAGUGUCGAGAGGCCAAAAGAUUGGUACAAGACGAUGUUCAAACAGAUCCACAAAGUCAGCAAAGACACGCCUGAAGAAAACCCGUACCGCCCUACCUACAGUUUCCCCGAGAUCCCUGAACGCCAGCACAAAGGAGAAGAGGAAAAUCCUUACACACCCAGCUAUGUGUUUCCCGAGACGACACCCAGUCCUAAGUCGGAAGAAAAGGAGACUUACACCCCAACCUAUGUCUUCUCAGAGGUUGCUAAGAGAGAGAUUCUAGAAGAUGACGAACUAGACGACUAUUCUCCACGGUACCCUUGCUCAGAGGAUGUGAAAAGCCAAACCUUUGUGCCUCGGUCCAGGAGUGCAAUGGACACCACUGACUCCGAGACUGUCGAGCGAAGAUCAGCCACCCUGCCACUACCCACCCGGUCAUCCUCACUGAAACCACUUUCUGAGAGGAGCAACUGGGGGCCACUGGACAAGAAGGUGGACACACGACGGUAUCGGGCUGAGCCAAAGAGCAUUUUUGAUUAUGAACCAGGGAAGUCUUCAGUACUGGCUCACGAGAAAACGAACUCUGAAGAAAGCGGUGGAAGAGACUCAGCACAGCCACACAUAAAGGACCGCACCUUGAGUGGCAAGUGUGAUCAGGUGCAACAGGGAAACCAUUCACACUAUCACAGGGAGGACUUGAGCAGAGAUAAUCGGGAUAUAAGUCCAGAAGAAAUAGAUUUAAAGAAUGAACCUUGGUAUAAAUUCUUUUCGGAACUGGAAUUCGGAAAACCGCCUCCAAAAAAGAUAUGGGAUUAUACGCCGGGGGAGUGUUCUAUCCUUUCUUUAGAGGACAGGAAGGAUCAGCUAGAGAAAGACCUUUCUCUCUACCAGGCUGAGCUAGACACAGAUUUAGAAAAUAUGGAGAAGCUUUUUAGAAGCCAGGACCCACGCUCAUGGAAGAGCACAACGCUGAAUUCUGCCUUGGAAAUCCCAUCUGAGCGCUCGACUUAUUCAGUGUUUUCGCCCAGUUACCAUGCAGUGAGCCGGCCAUCAGAGGUGGCGACAGGGGAGUCUAUCACCCAGGAGAACGAAAGGCAAAUCUACAAGACAGUUCUAGAAGGCGGAGAUAUUCCCUUCCAGGGGCUGAGUGGAUUGAACAAGAGAACGUCCAGCUCCUCUUCAGCCAAAGAAUCAGACUCUCUGAGACUGUCCGCCCCGAUCGAGCGCAUGGAGACCCCUGAGGAAAUCUGCCGUCGUCGCCAGGAGGAUAAAGAGAGACUGUUAGAAGAGCAGAGACGACUUAAACGAGAACAAGAGGAAGCUGAUAUUGCAGCCAGGAGGCACACGGGGAUCGCUCUUACACAUCACCAGUUUAUCACUAAUGAGAGAUUUGGGGACCUCCUUGACAUAGACGAGGCAGCAAGGAGGAGAUCAGGGUCAGAGAUGCUGCCUGCCAGAGCCAAGUUUGACUUCAAGGCCCAGACUCUGAAGGAGCUGCCAUUCCAGAAGGGAGAUAUUGUCUACAUCUACAGGCAGAUAGAUCAGAAUUGGUAUGAGGGGGAGCACCAUGGGCGUGUUGGCAUCUUCCCCAGGUCGUACAUCGAGCUGCUUCCUCCAACGGAGCGAGCUCAACCGAAAAAGGCCCCACCUCUUCAGGUGCUGGAAUACGGAGAAGCUGUGGCCCGCUUUAAUUUCACCGGCGACACACAUGUGGAGAUGUCUUUCAGAAAGGGGGAGCGAGUCACACUGGUGAGAAGAGUUGAUGAAAACUGGUUCGAGGGCAAAAUCUCGGGCACAAACCGGCAAGGCAUCUUCCCCGUCACGUACGUGGAGGUGAUUAAAAGACCAAGGGUGAAGAAUGCAGUCGACUAUCCGGACCCUCCGGGCUCUUACUCCUCUGGCCACAGCUCAGCAAGUUCCCCACAGCCUAACUCAAGAAGUGACAGCGGCAUUGGAGGAAGGUUUGCCAGGAGUCCAGUUGUGUUCUCUGAUUCUCCAGUUAAUACCCUGAAUUCUGCUUCUCUUGUGCCUUCUCAUUCAUUGCGAGGACCAGAUCUCACAGAGUCCGAAAAGAGCUACGUGGAGACAGUCUGCAAUGAGAUCAUGAACAUUGCAGAAAAGUCUGUUCAUUACUGCAGUAACCUUUCUCACCCACUUCACUCUCGGCACAAGGUGUCUCCCCAUGACAGUAAACAGUCUUUCAUCAUUUCUCACCAACCUCAGGGGCAGCAGCGAGGGAGCAGCCUUGAGCGGAGCCAAACUCCAACUACCCUAUUUCAGGCACUGUAUAGCUACAUCCCACAGAAUGAAGAUGAGCUGGAACUUCGGGAAGGUGAUGUCGUCGAUGUGAUGGAAAAGUGUGACGAUGGCUGGUUUGUUGGAACGUCGAGAAGAUCUAGGCAGUUUGGUACAUUUCCAGGGAACUACGUAAAGCCUUUGAAUUUGUAGAGCUGGGCUUCACAGUGAACUUUUGAUGGGUCAACACUCGAGUGACACUGGUGGAGGUUCCUUCAGCUGUUGAAUGAACUGAGCAGCACAUCAGAGUCUGCAGCCUGGCAUAAACAUUCUGCUUACAGUAUAAAGUGUCUUUACUUCACUGAACAAAUAUGGGAUGCACUGAGCAAGAGAGAAGGCGUGAGUGGUACGUGAGCUUAGGGUGUGAGGUUGCCGAACGUGGAUGUCCAUCGGCCGUGUGUGGGCUCAGCAGCAGGUGGGUCAGGGGUUCCCUGUCCAAAGGGGAUGUCAAUCACCCAUGCUGGGUUUACGCCUGAUCUUCCUUCAACCCUCCUGCCCACAGAUCAAGACCGCUGCGGCCGCCAAGUUAAUGAUCGGAGGUUUAGUGGGAGCAUGGAAGGGUGAGCAGCCGAUUGUCUGAUGGGGAAGGGUGUAGUUAGAAGAGGAGCUGAUAUUCACUGGGCUCCGACUUCACUAAUGAUGACAACGGAAUGGAAAUCAAACCAGAAGAGUUUACAACCAACAGUUUCUGUUUAUUGCCCGAUGCAGUGUUUAUCCUCUGAUCACCAACUGUGUAACCUCUCCCUUUCCACUCUGCAGUUAUUUUGAAUUGCUUUACUAAAAAACCUAACAUACCUAAGUGACUCAACCUCAUUCCCCAGCUGGGAAGAUGUCACCCCUUGCAACAAACUACCGCGGCUAUAUUUUUGGGCUGAUGCUUGAUUAGAACGAGUUUCUUUAACAUAUUUGUUAAGUUGAUAAUGUUCACUUUCAGCUGCAACACUUCUUAAUACUUUCAGCUUCACAAUCUAUAAAUAAUAUAUAUAUUUUUUAAAAAAAAGCACACCUUUCCCCUCACCAAAGGGAAUUAACCCAUUGCUGGGAUAAAGCUUUGUGUAAAUAUGUACAUUUGAUUUUUGUAUAAAAAAUGUGUACUUAUCCUGUAUAGAAAAUAAUUUAACAAAAGGAAUUUAAAUGGCGGACUGAAAGCAGAGAAACACUCCGCAGAGCUCUUUAAUUUUACAGUUUAUCUGAAAGAAAAGGAACUCGGUACAGUAAUCCCGAGGGAAAGGCUUGGCAAAACACAGCCCAUGAAAAUUAUAUGUUUAAAAACAACACCAGCCACUGGGGAAUUUCCUUCUCAUCUUAUGUUCAGGAAAUUCGACAGCAAAACCACUUUGCUUUUUGUUUAAAAUCCAGAAAUACAGCAGUAAAUCACUGAGACUACAGUAGCCUGACUGUAUGUAAUCAAACAUUAUCAUUGCCUUUUAUUUACCAUUCUUUUGUGAGCUACAGGCCUUUAUAACCAGACAUCUUGUGUUGAGCUAUUUUCUUUUUUGCAGUGCUUCAUGAUUCGAUAAAAGAGCCUUUACUUACUGCUGUGGUUGCAAAAUGCAAUAUUUAAUAAACUUUAUUCA